AUGAACAAGCCCAAACUUGAACGCCGCUGUCGCUCAUUUGCAGCAGCAGCGCCAACUGCAGUAGCACCACUACCUGCAGCAGCAACAACGCCUGCAGCAGCAGCAGCACUUGCAACAGCACCACCACCGGCAGCAGCAGAGUCGUUUGCAGCAGCAGCACGCCCGUGCAACAACAACACCAACUCCAGCAGCAACACCUGCAGCAGCACCACCUGCAGCAGUGGCACCACCUGCAGCAGCAGCACUAUCUGGAGCAGCAGCACCACCUGCAGACGCAGCAGCGCCUGCAGCAGCCGCAGCGCCUGCAGCAGCAGCAGCACCUGCAGCAGCAGUACCAUUUGCAGCAAAGGCAGCGCCAGCAGCAGCAGCGUCACCUACGGGAGAAGCGCUCAUCACCUGCAGCAGCACCAACUGCAGCAGCAGGAACAGCUGCAGCAGCGGCAGCAGCUCAUGGACCUGCAGCAGGAACAAUGGAGGUGCCUGCUUCCGUAUUGCUUGCCCACGGGCAGAGCAUGCGUGGAUAUGUGA